AUGGGUGAUUCAAGAAUAAAAGGGGUAGAGAAAAAGAAGAUGGGAUAUUCACCAAAAUCUCUUCCAAAUGAGUUGUUAGUACAAAUUUUCGCAAAAGUAGCCUUUGAUUCCAUCGCUGACAUCUCAAAUGUGAAAUUAAGCUGCAAAAAGUGUCUGGAAACAGUGAAAGAUAAUUAUGUGCAUAAGCAUGCAUCUAUGGACAUGCUGGGAUUGGUGCCAUUGGCAUGGUUCACAGAUAACAAAAAGUAUGCAUUCGUGCAACGUUGCAGAGAGAGUGAAAAAUUAGAAAUUUCCUACCGUGAAGGGAUGGUUCGGUACCUCAGUUCAUGGAUGCCAAACUUAGGCCUUGAGAAUUUGAAAAAGGCUGCGAUGGAGGGUCAUCAUGAAGCCAUAUAUGUUUAUUCUAUGCUUUUGGUGUUCUGUGAAGAUGAAGAAGAAAGAAAAUAG